AUGUCGUUGCUUCGGCCGUUUCGGGCGACGGAUUUGUUCAAGUUCAACAAUGUGAAUCUGGAUCAUUGGACCGAGACGUACAGUGUAUCGUUCUACCUGUCGUAUCUUGCUCAGUGGCCUGAUUUGACGUUUGUUCAGACGGCGCCAUGGAGUGGGAGGACGAUGGGGUAUGUGAUAGGCAAAGCGGAAGGUCGAGAUACGGCUGCAUCGACAGGUGAGGUGGCUACAUUGCACGGACAUGUGACGGCUAUCACGAUUGCUCCGGAAUACCGCCGUUUAGGUCUGGCGAAAGGCCUCAUGUGGUUACUGGAAGACGUCUCGGAUCGCGUGUACAAUGCGUGGUUCGUAGACCUGUUCGUAAGACCAAGCAACCAAACUGCAGUCACCAUGUACGAACGCAUGGGCUACCACGUCUACCGAAAAGUCACAGCAUACUACUAUCGCGGCGCCAAAAACGGCUCCGACGAAGACGGCUAUGACAUGCGCAAGAGUCUCCCAAGAGACAAACAUCACAAAACCACAAGAACCAAUGGCAGACUCUUUGCAGUCGACCCGCAAGACACCCUUUUCGAUCCCGCUUAUCGUCCCUGA